GGAUGCAUGAGAACAUGAUAAAUUAAAUAAAUUUGAAUUCUCAGAAAACUGUGGGGCAAAUUAUACUUCCUGUUGUUUUUUUAGUCAGUUUAUAUCUCUGGUUUGCAUUAGAAUUCAGUCAGUCAUUCAGUCAGUAAAGGCACACCAGUCACACUCUGAAAAAUAAGUUUAUAGAGUCCAGUCCAGCAUGGGUACACGGGCACGAGUUCUUCUCUGCUGGCUUCAGGUGAUUGGUGCUGUCGUGUUUGGAGAUGUUUGGAAGGUGAAGGUAGAGUCUGAAAUGGAGGCUCUGGUCUCAUCUUGUGUCGUGUUGCCCUGUUCAUUCAAAUACCCUGCUCAAAAACAGCCUUCCAGUCGUAUUAAAGGCAUGUGGCACAUGAAGGACAAAGGGGAGGAUUACAUCUAUCACAAUGAUCCUACAAAAGUUCUAGAGAAUUUCAAGGAUCGUACAGAACUGAUUGGUUCACUGGGUGCUUUAAACUGCUCCUUGGAGAUUGAUGAAGUCAAAAACCAUGACAACGGCCCGUAUUGUUUCAGGGUGGAAUUAGAGACAUCUGAAAAAGACAAGUACUCCUUUGUGGAGAACUGUGUGAGAAUUAAUAUGAUUGAGCAAGCAUCAAAACCUGUGCUGCAGUCUGAGGCGUUUGUGCAAGAGGGUGAAUCCACAGUCUUCAGAUGCUCUGUCCGGCACACCUGUCCAUCCCAUCAGCCCACACUCAGCUGGAGCCACUCUGGAAAAACAAUCAUGAGCUAUAAGGACAUUGGUCAUGGAAAAUGGGAGGCAGAAUCUCUCCUUACCUUCAUCCCAACAAAAGAGGAUAAUCUCAACUCUAUCACAUGCACUGUCAAGUACCACGGGAGUGUCCGGGGUGAAAUGCAAGCCACAGAGCGUAUCACUGUGAAAGAACAAGCAACUCUCAACCACAUCCUCAUACCAGCCAUCUCUGGGCUUGGAGCUGCGCUUUUUGUUGGAUUACUGUGUGUCUUCAUUGUCAAGAGAUACAAGAAUCGCAUUGCAGAGCUGCAAUCCAGAAACGACAAUGGAAUAUGGAGUCGACUUUCAAGAAUGUCUCGCAGGUUUCGUUCAGGUGAAGGCAGCAGUGGUCCAGGUGGCUUAGAGCAGAGUCAACCACACAACAGGUUCUAAUGCGCUCUUCUGCAACAAACCAGGACAAAACAAAUCCUCUUAUGCUGUCGUUCCCAAACCUGUCCUGAAUGACCCCCAGCACUGCACAUUUUGUAUGUCGCCCUUAUCUGACACACCUACUUCAGGUCUUGCAGUCAGAGAUCGUAUUAUUAUAGGGAGAUAAGAGGGUCUGUAUCUCUUACAACUGAAGAAAGCAUAAUGGCUAAUUUAAUCACAUGCGGCCCCUCUCGGCCUAUUGUGUCGCCGUUCAAAACUCCUCCCUGCGUACCGCCAGUUAGCAUUAGCCGUUAUGCUUUUUUGGCUAAAGGUUGCAGGCUUGCCUUCCAGUGGCUUUGUUACAGUCUCUACUAAUGAGCUGAUGAGUUGAAUCAGGUGUGUUAGAUGAGAGAGACAUCGAAAAUGUGCAGUGCUGGGGGUCCUCCAGGACAGGUUUGGGAACCACUGCUCUAAUGGAAAUUUACUCAAUCUGUGGUUGAAUUUGGAUUUUAGGUAUGAUAUGGAGUUAUCAGCAGUAAUUGACGGUGUAGGGUUGGAUAGUAUCUGUAAUCCAUAAUUUAUACUAGGACAAUAAAUAGAUAAAAGUUUAUAUAUUAGUGAAUAAUUUUAUAUUAAUCUGUUAAGCCUGUUCAGAUGCAAAGUUGUACUAUUCUCAUAAAAGUCAUUUUCUCCCUGUUUUUCACUAGAAAUAGCACUGUCAGAUAAAUUGUCAAAUAUUCAUUAUGAAUAUUGACAAAUAUGGUAAACAUGGUAUAUAUGGGAUGUAAUGGAUUUUUUUUUUUUUUUUUUUUUUUGGUAUUGUAGUUAAUAAUGGCCUAGUUACAAUAAGGGAAGUCACCUAAACUUAGAUCAGUUGUUUUACAUAUUUUGAUUAUUGUUAAUCUGUGUGACCUUACUGAACAGGUAAAUAUAUAUAUAUAUAUAUAUAUAUAUAUACACACAAAGAGUCAAAUUGUGGUGCUGGUGCUGAUGUGUUAUUUUGGAUCUGUGUAAGAUGCUUCCUGCUGAUAAAAGCACACAGAUCUGUUUCCAAUUUUUAAUAAUCUAAUUAUACAUUAUAUAUAAGUGCUGUCAAAAUUAACAUGUUAAUUAUUGCGAUUAUUAUUAUUAUUAUUUUUUAAGUUUAACGCUUUCAAAAUAGCCUAUUUAAUGCAAUUAAAGCAGCAUCCUUUUUUUUUUUCCUGGCAUGCUUUUGCUAGCAUUACAGUAUAUGAUUGUGCUCUCAUUCAUUCAAGUGCUUUUAAACCAUUCAAGCACAAUAAGAUGCAAAAGAGAACUCAAUUCAGUACUGGUGCACUGUCUGUGAAGCUCUCUGUAAACAACCUGAAACGUGUGCACAGAAAGCCGCUUCUCAGCAUUCCAGUACAGAUUUGAAUUCUCUUUUGCGUAUUAUCACACCUGAACCGAACAAACACACAAAAUUAUGUCAAAAUGCCCAUUUUUUUAAGACAGUAAAGAGUUGGGAGAAUCGAUAUGAAAUUAAUUAAGAAAAUCAGAUAUGUCAGAUUUGCGUCAUGUCUUAAAGUGACACAAGCAGACUUCAGCUUGCCUAAUAAACAAGCUGAAGUCUGUCAUUAAUGUUAAUCCAACAAAAGAAAAAAAGAGAAAACCACAAAAUGCUCUUGACUGAAUAGCAUUUGUAGCUUUAAUAAUGAUUCAUCUGCAUUUAAUUUAUACAGUGCAGUGUUAUUUUACAUUUGAUUAGUUUAUUCAAUUUCUGUAUGUUUUUGUAUAUGUUUAGACCUACCUGAAAAUCUUAAAGCACUGUUUUACAAGACAUUAUAUGGGUCAAGAACAACGAAAAAAAAAGUUUACAGAAAAAAGCCUAUUAAAUGUUUUUUUAAAAAAUGCUUUUCAAUUAUACUUUAAAAUCGAAUGGAUAUGGCUAAAAAAAAAAAAAAUCUGUAUCAGUGACAAUGGCCUUCAUUCAAAGUAGGUUACUUGGUAAAAGAUGCCAUUAAACACAUAAUUUAAAUAAACUAUUUAUGUUUCUACAUUAAUUUGGAGGUUCAGGGGUUGGUCUGUUGGCAGGUAAUCACCUAAAAUCUUAGGGAGAUUAAGUGAAAAUGUUGUUUUACUAAAAUACACCAUUAAUUGCUUUUAACUUUGAUUUGUUUGUAAUUUUGAGAAGUGUUAGCACUUUUUAAAGUUGUGUCAUGUCUAGAAUCAAUAAAAUAUCAUUGUAAAUUUCACUGCAUUAUAAACAGUAUUAAUGUUUGUAACUUUUUGGUGUCUUAAUUGUAAACAAAGCCACUAAUACAGCACAAAAGAUUGUUUUAUCAUUAAAUGUGACAUUUCAAACAGUCGUUGUGUCUUAUCUU